CGUUGGUCUUUGUAUUCGCGAUCGCUUCUCAAUUUUCUAACUGCAGAUCACCAACGAUUUGUCCGACAAGCCGUCCGAUCGUUGAAAUUGAAAUGUGCGGCCAAGUAAAUUGAUUUUGUUAUUGGUAUUCGUUUAUGGAAACAUUAGACGCCAGAUGAUGGAAAUAUAAUGUUGAUAUUGAAAUAACUUUUACGUGUUGUUGUCGCUGCUGUGAUGAGCUGGCCCGUUAGGAUUGCGUAAAACUAAUUACAUCUCCGACUUACCACAAGAAGGACGGGUGAAUUAUUACAAUUUAUAAGCAUAUACGGAUGUCCAUGUUUCCCCCGCUGACACUAACAAUGCCGGAAUCUCCGCAUUAUCAUCCACGGAAUAAUCACAAUGAAUUUAAUGGGUAUGCUCUGCCGUCCACAGGAGGAGGUCAUUUUGCCAUGGGCCUCGGAGAGACCGGAGGGAAAAUGAACAUGUCUCAUUUACCUGAUGUGGAAUCACCUACAUCUUGUGAGAUGCCGACGCGGAUAAAACUCGUCUUUGUCGGUGAUGGAUCAGUGGGAAAGACCAGUUUAUUGGUGUCCUAUACGACUAAUGGAUAUCCGACUGAGUAUAUUCCAACGGCCUUUGAUAAAUAUUCCGUGUCAGUCAACGUGGAUAACCAGCCAAUCCGGGUCCAACUGUUCGAUACUGCGGGCCAGGAUGACUUUGAUUCUCUACGGCCAUUGUGCUAUCCUGACACAGAUGUUUUCCUACUGUGCUUCAGCAUCGUUAAUCCCACAUCGUUUCGUAAUAUUCGCUCGAAAUGGCUGCCGGAAAUUCAGCGUUAUUGGGGUCCAGCUCGCAGCAGUCCAUUGAUCCUCGUCGGGACCCAGUGUGAUCUACGGAACGAUGUUUCCGUUUUACUGGAAUUAGCACGCUACAAUGAACACCCUGUGACCGAUGCCGAAGCUCGCGAUCUCGCCCACAGUAUCAGUGCCGACUGUUACAUUGAGAGCUCGGCUCUGACGCAAUGGAACCUGAAGAAAGUUUUUGAUACAGCCAUCCUCGCCGCUCUGAAUAAGACGAUCCGACCGGAAAAAGAUGCGGAAUCCAACACGGUAACGUGUACACAGUUGCUGAAAAGGACGGCAUCGCGGACAAAAGAAGGCGGGAAGAAAAUCAUCCCGCGACGCAGCUGGAAAAAAUAUUGCUGUAUUUUUUAACGGAAAUUGGAACUGCUUGGCCUUUAUUCUGUGAUAAGGAUUUAUUUGCCUGGGCGGAACUGGUCGAUCACUGUUCCUGGAACCGCGUGAUAAAAGGGAAUUUUUUUGCCGUCGAUUAUGGACCGUUAUGGGAAGAUUUUAUAAUUUUUAUGACCGUUUUGGGGGAUUUUACGAGGCGUGAACGGUCAGUGCAGCGCAAGAAAAGGAGCGUAAUUAUAGACUUUGAUGGCCAGAUGACUCUUUUGUUCGGGACCGGUUGCAGUCAGCUGCAGCUUAUGGACGGAAACUGGAGAUGGAUAAUUGGUGGCUGUUGACCAUGGUGUUGGAUUGAAAUGUUCGAAUGUGGGCCAAUGUUCAAUCGAUACACAACGGCGCUCUUGUCUGUUGGACGCUUGUUGGUCGCUACAUGACUACAUGUGCGCUUGGAUCUGCUUGAGUGAGCGCGCCUCAUACUAGAUAGACAAGCGCGCUGGUGGUACUCUUUCUCUUUCCGUCCUUAGCAUCUGGCGAAGAAUUUUGAAAGUGGAUGGGAGAAAGAUGAUCGGAGCAUGGUCCAAAGAUUUGGGCUUAAAUUGCCGUUGCUAUUGUGGAUGGCCUGUUAAAACAGCGAAAUUGGCCGAUUGUGGAAAGUUUUGGUGUCAUCUGUGUUGCUAGCGGCAAAAGUGGUUUUUGGGUAGUCUUGAUUGAAGGAAAUCGGAUUUAUUUUUGAAUUUUGACAAGUGGUGCGCCUGUUUCAAGUUUUGAGCUUUGUUGGUGUUGUUAGAUGAAGGUGCUACAAAUGGAGUUAUGAGCAGUCCAGUGUAUAUACGCUGAUUAAAUUUGAAAUAUGUAUUCGCUUUCAGUACGAU